AAAAAUAACACCCACCCGCGCAUUUCCCUCCACCAGUGCUCCCCUGAAACCCCAUUCUUUAGGGUUUCUCGCCGCGGCGCGACGCCCUUCUCGUCUUCCUUCCCUCCCCGCCGCUUCCACCGCCCUCUCGAAUCUUCCGCAGCCCCACCCAUAUCAACCCUAGCCCCUCCGCCUCCUCCCCUACGAGACGCCACGCGACGCACUCGUCAAGCCACCGCAGCCAUGUCGUCGUUCUGGGGCGUGGAGGUGAAUCCGGGGAAGCCCUACACCCUCACCCAUAGCGACAGCCAUGGCCGCCUGCGCCUCACCCAGGCGACGCUGGGGAAUGAGAUCGGUAAGGGGGAGAAGGGCGCCGGCGGGAAGAAGUGUGUGUUACAGUGCUGUGCGGAGAACAAGGACCCUGUGUUCCUCUGCGUCCUGGUCCCAGAGAAAUCUGAGACGUGCCACCUGGAGCUUGAGUUCGAGGAGGAGCACGUCACUUUCUCAGUGAUCGGGCCGAGGAGCGUCCACCUUGCUGGAUACUACAUCGCUGAUGUGUAUGAGGAGGAUAUGAGUGACAGCGAUGCUUGGAGUGACUCUCUUCAAGGGUCAGAUGAUGAUGGUCUCUUGGGUACUGAUGAUGAUGACAACAUGGUAAUGAUUGACCAAAUGACUACAGAUAGUGAAGAUAAUGAUUCAGACUAUGAUUCUGAGACUGAUGAUGAAGAGAUCGCGUACAAUCAGCAUAGAGGCAAAAGUUCAGUUGUUAUUGAGGAAAUUCAAGAGGAUGACAAGCCUGCUGGGGGUGACACGCAGAAGGGAUCAAACAAGAAGAAAAGCAGUGAAAAUGAUGACAAUUCUCAACUUCAGCUUGUUGUCAGGACUCCACCUGCUGAAUCAUUGGAAAGUGAAGAUGAAGAUGGCUUUCCUGUAUUAUUAUCUGAAUCAAAGAAAAGUUCUGAGAGUGUUUCCAAGAAAAAUAGGAAUCUAACCAAGGAGACGAGCAAUGAAGACCGGAAAAGGAAAAGUGGAGCCAUUGGUGAUAAUCGUGACUCUUCAGGGGAGGUAAAGGCUGAAAAUGAUGAGUCAUCAAAGAUAAAGAAAAGGAUCAAGGACAAAAGCACUUCUGUAGACAGUGAACAGGUAAACAAUGAAGAAAAGGAGAUUAAACAACAAGAUCCUCCAGCUGAUACUGUUAAUGCAAAACAGAGGAAAAAGAAAAAGAAAAACAUUAGUGCUUCUCAGGCUGAUACCGAUCAGCAAGCUGCUAAGAAAAAAGACAUUCACAAAGAUGGUGAGCAAUUAACUGCUCAGGAGGCUGAUAAAAAGAACAAGAAAAAGAAGACCCAGGACAGAAACAAAAGUGAAAAUCAGGCACCAACUAGACUUAAGGAGUCAGAGAACAAGAAGGAAGCACUCCAAACACGAACAUUUGGCAAUGGUAUGAUAAUUCAGGAGGUAGAGAUGGGCAAACCUGAUGGUAAAAAAGCCACAUCUGGGAAGAAGGUUUCUGUUAGAUAUAUUGGCAAGCUAAAGAAUGGCAAGAUUUUUGACUCCAACGUCGGUGGAAGACCGUUUGAGUUUAGAUUAGGUGCUGGGGAGGUUAUCAAAGGCUGGGACAUCGGCGUCAAUGGUAUGCAUAUUGGGGAUAAAAGGAGACUCACCAUUCCACCCUCAAUGGGGUACGGGAGCCAAAGAGUUGGGAAGAUACCGCAGAACUCAACUCUCAUCUUCGAUGUGGAGCUAGUGAGUGUAAGAUGAAGAGAGGACCAGAUCACUUGAAGAUCCAUGAGAAACUGAGGCAUUUUCACAAGUUUUGGAGCACACCAAUUUCCUUUUGCAAUGUUAUUUCAUAGCCAUAGGAACAUACAUGUUUCGUUGGAUUCUAUGCCUUCUUUCUGUUGUUAUCCUACGUGUAAACUGCAGCCAUCCCGGCCAAUUCCCGGGUCGCAACAUUCUCUACCUGCGCGCUACUUUAGCACUGUUGAUUCA